AUGAACGAGUCAGCUCAGCUCCACGGUCUCGUGGACAUGGGCAGUAAUGGUAUCCGCUUCUCUAUCACGGACCUUGCGCCCGAAACACAGCGUAUACUACCGACAGUGUACCUGGACCGCGCAGCGAUAUCGCUCUACGAUGCACAGUACGAAAAUGGUAAUGUCCGGCCGAUCCCGGAAGGCACUAUCAAGCAAGUCAUCAAAUCAUUGUUGCGGUUCAAAGCGACGUGUCAGGAUUUUGGGGUACCCCAGAAACAAAUUCGUAUAGUGGCUACGGAAGCUACGAGAAAGGCGGCAAACUCGGAAGAUUUCCAAGGCAAAAUCAAGGAUGCUACGGGGUGGGCUGUCGAGCUAUUGCCAAAGGAGAUGGAGGGAAGGAUUGGGGCGCUUGGUGUAGCAAGCUCGUAUGAAAACGUCGUAGGGCUGAUGAUGGACCUUGGAGGUGGUUCCACACAGCUUACAUGGAUAACGACCAAGCAUGGUAAAGUUGACAUGUGUGAGAAAGGCAGUGCAAGUCUACCAUACGGUGCAGCAGCUCUCACGAAACGGCUUGAGCAGGCGGGCUCUCCUGAAAGCGAAACAUACAAGGCAUUUGAGAGUGAAGUGCUCGCUGAUCUGAAAGCUGCCGUUCGAGACAUUCAAAUUCCCAAGCAUCUUCUCGACCGAUGCAGCUCAUCCGAGGGCCUUCACCUGUACCUAUCCGGAGGUGGCUUCCGGGGCUGGGGAUUUGUGCUCAUGUCUGAACAUGGGAUCCAGCCGUAUCCUAUACCGAUCAUCAACGGUUUCCGUACAACUAGCGAUUUGUUCCAUGACACGCAAGCUAUCCAGGCAGCCGUGCAGAAGGAGGAUACGCCCGACAUGUUCCGCGUGUCUGCUCGAAGGGCAAGCCAAGUGCCUUCGGUGGCUUUCCUAGUCAGUUGCUUAUCCAAAGCGCUACCAAGCAUUACAGACGUAUACUUUUGCCAAGGCGGUGUAAGAGAGGGCAUGUAUUUUACGGAAAUGGAUACGAAAACUAGGGCAUACCCGCCUUUGAUGGCAGCAACAAGACCCCAUGCUCGGUCUGGAUGCUCCGAGUUUGCAGAAAUGCUGCGCAAAGCUUUUGUGCCUCCGCCAUCAGCUGUUCGCGAAGCAAUCUUCAGUAUUACGAUGAUCCAUGCAUUUACAUACGCCAUGUUUGCACAUAUGGCGCAAGUCAAGGAUCUCCGGAGUGGAUCGGCUCUCAGGAGUACGACGACUGGUAUCUUCUCUGCUGCUCAUGGGCUCAGCCACGAAGAUCGCGCCCUUCUUGCUAUCCUACUUUGCGAGCGCUACGGCGGCUACAGUUCUAUCAGUCCAACCGAACAAGACUUCUACAGGCGGAUGCUGCAGCUCGUCCCGGAGGACGUUAGAUGGUGGUGCAUGUAUCUUGGCCGCGUAGCCGCUGUUCUUGCCAGCGUAUACCCAGCAGGUACAAUUCGGGAGAAACGAGUUGAGGUAAAUGUACAGUGGCUUACAACGAAGAAAGACCAUGAGAAGCUGUGUAUAGAUUUCAAAUUCAGCAAAGAACCGGAUGAGCUAGACGAAGGUCUCUUUGCAGCACUCAAGAAGGUUGAAAAGGCGGGCAAGAAGAAGAACUGGAUUGGAGGACACGGACACAAGGUACUGUUGACAGUCAAUGGGAGGGAAUACGGCGAGGAGGAAAAUUAG